AUGGACAUCCCUUUCCUUGGUGAGAUGCCCCCAGAGCCCAUGCUGGUCGAUGAGCUGUAUGAGCUGGUGGUGGACGCCAUCUUCGGCUUCAGCUUCAAGGGUGACGUGCGGGAGCCGUUCCGCAGCAUCCUGAGCAUCCUGAGCGGCCUCACGGUGCCCAUUGCCAGCAUCGACAUUCCCUCAGGGUGGGACGUGGAGAAGGGCAGCGCUGCGGGGAUCCAGCCGGACCUGCUCGUCUCCCUGACCGCACCCAAAAGGUGUGCCGCCCAGUUUGCCGGUCGCUACCACUACCUGGGGGGCCGUUUCGUGCCACCUGCUCUGGAAAAGAAGUACCAGCUGAAUCUGCCCCAGUACCCUGACACGGAGUGUGUGUAUCGUCUGCAGUGAAGGAAGGAGCGGGUGCUCCCCCCAGAACUGGGGGGUCCUGGGGACUCUCUGGCAGUGAAGACUAAUGGCUGGUGGGUGCCAGAGAGUGACACUGGAGACACAGCGUCCUCUCGCGGGGGGAGGGGGGACACGGGCAAGAGGCUGCUGUGGUAUUUGGGGGCAAUGAAGAUUGACUUUCAGAUGCUUUUCUGAAAGAGGCUCCUA